CUCACUGUGGAUUUAGGGGAGAUAUUAUGAGGCUGUUGUCAUUAGGGCGAUUGCUGUUGAAUCACUGAAUCCUGACUCGGCGGCGGCGCGGGGCCGGGUGUGUGUGAGUGCGUGUGUGUGUGUGCGUGCGUGUGUGUGUGCGUGUGCGUGUGUGUGCCCCUGCGUGUGUGUGUGCCCCCGUGCCUCUAUGUGGCUGUGUGUGCGUGUGCGGGUGUGGAUGCGUGCGCGGUGCGUGUGCCCUUUCCUCCCUUCUUCCUCCCUUUCUUUCUUUUCUCCUUGAUUUAUCUCCCCCUCUCCCCGGUCAUCCCAUGGUGUUCAGGUCCCCGCUAGAGCUUUAUCCCACCCAUUUCUUCUUGCCAAACUUCGCCGCCGACCCGCACCACCGCUCCCUCCUUCUCGCCAGCGGCGGCGGCGGCGGCAGCGGCAGCGGCUCGGGCUGCAGCCCCGGGGCCGGCGGCGGCGGAGGCGGCAGCUCUCGGGCACCCCACGAAGAGUUGUCAAUGUUUCAGCUGCCCACCCUCAACUUCUCCCCGGAGCAAGUGGCCAGCGUCUGCGAGACGCUGGAGGAGACCGGAGACAUAGAGAGGCUGGGGAGGUUCCUCUGGUCGCUGCCGGUGGCGCCGGGGGCAUGCGAGGCCAUCAACAAGCACGAGUCCAUCCUCCGUGCCCGGGCGGUGGUGGCCUUCCACACGGGCAACUUCCGCGACCUCUACCACAUCCUGGAGAACCACAAAUUCACCAAGGAGUCCCACGGCAAGUUGCAGGCCAUGUGGCUCGAAGCGCACUACCAGGAGGCCGAGAAGCUAAGGGGUCGCCCGCUGGGUCCGGUUGAUAAAUACAGGGUGAGGAAGAAGUUUCCGCUGCCCAGGACCAUUUGGGAUGGCGAGCAGAAGACGCACUGCUUCAAGGAGAGGACUCGCAGCCUCCUGAGGGAGUGGUACCUGCAGGACCCUUACCCCAACCCCAGCAAGAAAAGGGAACUGGCUCAGGCCACGGGGCUCACCCCCACGCAAGUAGGCAACUGGUUCAAAAACCGAAGGCAAAGAGACAGAGCUGCGGCAGCUAAAAACAGGCUCCAGCACCAGGCGAUAGGACAGAGCGGCAUGCGGUCGCUGGCAGAGCCCGGCUGCCCGACACACAGCUCGGCCGAGUCUCCGUCCACGGCGGCCAGCCCGACCACCAGCGUCUCCAGUUUGACAGAAAGAGCCGAGACGGGCACCUCCAUCCUCUCGGUAACCUCCAGCGACUCGGAAUGUGAUGUAUGAUAUCGGAAAACAAACAAACACAUCAGAAAAAAAAAAAAUCCAAAUCCAAACAACCAAGCACCCUCUCCCCGACCCGAGCAAAACAAAACGAGGCAACCUAGAAUCAGGACACACACGCAUGCACGCACACACACAACGAGGAGGGAAGAAAAGGCCAAACCCGACCCAAACAUAAUAGCAAACAAACAGACAGGGAUCAGAGAAUCCACCACCACCACCGUCAGCCAACACCACCACCAAGAGAUGGAGCUAAAACUUCAACAGUCACAAACGCUGGUGCUGCAGCAGGGGGGUGGGGGGGCGGCGGGAAAUGAUAAUUAUUAUAUAUAUAAAAAGAAAAAAAAAGGAAAAAAAAAAAAACAAAGCAAAAGUGACAAUUGUAUUCUUUUUAGGACAAGCACGAUUUCUCCUUUGCGCUUUUCCAUGGACGCAUUUCACCCACUUGCAUGAUGAUGAUGAUUAAAUUUGUAUCUGGGAAAAAAUAUUCUCUAUAGUAAAGGAAAACAAACAGAAAACAGACAAACAAAUGCAAACUCCGAUCGAAUUUGUACAAAAAGCAAAAAUUAAAAAAAAUUAAAAAGGAACUCCUUGAAGAGGGAAAUAACUAAUGUUUAUCGCCUUUUUGUUGGUCCUCUUUCUCUUUCUCUCUCCCUCUCCCUUUCUCUCUGUUUUUUUUGGUUUUGUUUGUUUGUUUUGGUUUUUUAAGUCCAAGUGAUGGUCCAGCCAAGAUGCAAUUUUCUGUUUUUUUGUUCAGCAGACAAUCAUUUUAUUCGUAAGCACCUUUUUUUCUACACUUCUGUCACUGCCUGUGUGGGUACUGGUUAUAAAUGUGGAAAAAGAAUAGUUAUGACUGUAACAGAUUUUUAUUUUUAUUUCAAAAUUUUAUAUGAAUUAUGUAUAUCUUAAUGAUGCGGUCAUUUUCCCAGUUUGUAAUAUAUGUGUAGAAAUGCUUGUAUAUGAUAUUUGCUCUACACUUUCUUUCUCCCCUCUCUCUCUGUCUAUCUCCCUCCCACCCUUUCUCUCUCUCUCCUUUUUAUUUUCCUUGACUCGGUGUUCCUUGCACAAACUUAGCUGUCAAGAUCUGACGUGCUAGGUUUUCAAAAGGAACCUCAGCGAUAGAAAAAAAAAAAAAAGAAAAAAAAAAGCUUAGGGUGCAACAGUAGUUAUCUUAUGCAAAAGCUAUUUUGAGUAUUUCAUA